AGUAGUAGUAGUAGUAGUAGUAGUAGUAGUAGUAGUAGUAGUAGUAGUAGUAGUAGUAGUAGUAGUAGUAGUAGUAGUAGUAGUAGUAGUAGUAGUAGUAGUAGUAGUAGUAGUAGUAGUAGUAGUAGUAGUAGUAGUAGUAGUAGUAGUAGUAGUAGUAGUAGUAGUAGUAGUAGUAGUAGUAGUAGUAGUAGUAGUAGUAGUAGUAGUAGUAGUAGUAGUAGUAGUAGUAGUAGUAGUAGUAGUAGUAGUAGUAGUAGUAGUAGUAGUAGUAGUAGUAGUAGUAGUAGUAGUAGUAGUAGUAGUAGUAGUAGUAGUAGUAGUAGUAGUAGUAGUAGUAGUAGUAGUAGUAGUAGUAGUAGUAGUAGUAGUAGUAGUAGUAGUAGUAGUAGUAGUAGUAGUAGUAGUAGUAGUAGUAGUAGUAGUAGUAGUAGUAGUAGUAGUAGUAGUAGUAGUAGUAGUAGUAGUAGUAGUAGUAGUAGUAGUAGUAGUAGUAGUAGUAGUAGUAGUAGUAGUAGUAGUAGUAGUAGUAGUAGUAGUAGUAGUAGUAGUAGUAGUAGUAGUAGUAGUAGUAGUAGUAGUAGUAGUAGUAGUAGUAGUAGUAGUAGUAGUAGUAGUAGUAGUAGUAGUAGUAGUAGUAGUAGUAGUAGUAGUAGUAGUAGUAGUAGUAGUAGUAGUAGUAGUAGUAGUAGUAGUAGUAGUAGUAGUAGUAGUAGUAGUAGUAGUAGUAGUAGUAGUAGUAGUAGUAGUAGUAGUAGUAGUAGUAGUAGUAGUAGUAGUAGUAGUAGUAGUAGUAGUAGUAGUAGUAGUAGUAGUAGUAGUAGUAGUAGUAGUAGUAGUAGUAGUAGUAGUAGUAGUAGUAGUAGUAGUAGUAGUAGUAGUAGUAGUAGUAGUAGUAGUAGUAGUAGUAGUAGUAGUAGUAGUAGUAGUAGUAGUAGUAGUAGUAGUAGUAGUAGUAGUAGUAGUAGUAGUAGUAGUAGUAGUAGUAGUAGUAGUAGUAGUAGUAGUAGUAGUAGUAGUAGUAGUAGUAGUAGUAGUAGUAGUAGUAGUAGUAGUAGUAGUAGUAGUAGUAGUAGUAGUAGUAGUAGUAGUAGUAGUAGUAGUAGUAGUAGUAGUAGUAGUAGUAGUAGUAGUAGUAGUAGUAGU